AUGAACGGUCACCAUCAUAAUCACUACCAGCCUACGCAACCUGGGCCGUACGAUGCUGCGGAAGCGAUUCCGCCCACUGCCGCGGCGAGCGACUCUGUGCAAGACGCACACCAGCUCUUGGCCGCAUAUCCUUACGGCUCUGCAACCCCGGCUACUCAUGUCGCUCGUCAUCUUAGCAAUCUCUCGAUUUCCGCUGCACCGCCGUCUUACACUCAGUCAUACGCCCCCGCGCCCACCAAUGCAUCUUACCAUCAGCCGCGGUAUCCUCAAUACACAGAAUAUGCAAGAGAAUUCGCGCAUAUAUUGAACCCCGAGCCAUCUGGCCACGGUGCAGCGUACUGGGAGAACACGCGGAAUCAAGCAGUUCACCACUUAGCCGGUCAGGGACCUGUAUAUGUUGACUAUCAAGCACCUCCCCAAUGGCCCCCUUCUCAAUCCCGUCAUUCUGCCUAUCCGACCAAUACUUUCGCCCAGUCUGUAAUUAAUCACACCACGCCCUCCACGUCCUACCCGACACCGCCACCCCCAGGUAUUUCGUCCUCCUCGUCCUCUCUUGCAGGAGCGCUCGGUCCCCCGCCUCCCAAACCGCCUAGGCAGACCUACCAGCCUCAGGACUCUCCUGCAUUCUUCAACAACUUCCUCGCACAGACGCCCGCUCAGCCCCCGCGUGCGGCUCUCCUGCCUGCGAAGCCCCCGCCGCAAUAUAUGUAUCCGCCUCAGCCUUUACCUGACAUAGGCAGCCCGGAUCCUCUGGCCGCUUCGCAGCCUAGUCCUGAUGUGAAGAUGACUCCUCGCAAGCGCAAGCACGACAACUACCUCGAUUCGCCCACCGUCAAACGCGUACAGAUCGCAGACCCGAACCGGCCGAUCCCCAACGCGCGGGCGACGCAGACUCCGCCACGGCCCAAGCAACUCGUUGAGGUAGUCAUAACCACGCCCCCGAAGCAUCGAAAGACCCCUGUGCUGACUGCUCAACACAAGAAAUCUGCCGCAUAUGUGGAGGUGCCCUCUCUCCCAAGAGCGUAUCAUACCCCCGUGUCGCACAGGAAGCAGAGGCCUGAGGUCGUGAUCACGACCACCACUAUGGGGAAGGCGAGGACAAAGACGGCUGACGAGUACGACGACCUGGGAGGCUUCGGAUCAGAGAUGGACAGUAGCCCGAGACGUGGUGUCAUGGCGAGCGGGAAGUCAUCGGGGCGAAAGGCUACUGGAGAAAGGGACGACAGAGCACCUAUCGAGAAGCUUAUCACCUUCCUCGAGGACAUCUUCGAGGCAGAGGACUGUUUGCCUCCGGAGGUCGAGCCUUACGACUUGCCUGUGGAAUGGUUCUCCCCUCUUACCAUCCCGGGGACCCAGCCACAUCUGCACCCCACGAUUAUCCGCAAGCUCAUGACGCAGAUCACCAAAGUCGCGCGGCCGAGCAAACGGCAACGGAUCAAUUCCCGUGACGCGAACGGUACGGCCUCUAAAACACCACGGUACCGCUGCCGUAUGGCCGACGUCGACACCGCCAUCCUUUCUCGCAUCUUGAAGAUGCUUGAGCGAAGCGUCCGUGCGGGAGAGGACUUGGAGCCUUUCAAAUCCUCCGGUCCCUCGGGUGCACCCUCUUCGAAGAGCGGGAAGGGCAAGAAAGCCGCGAACGGGAAGAAGGCGCAGGCGGAGAGUAGGCGAUCCAAGUCUCAGUCACCUGGCGAGCAGGGCGAAGGCGAGAGCAUGGAGGUGGACGAGUCUCCAGCAGAGCAGUCGGUCACAGAGCAGGACAUUGAGACGUUGACUCGGACGCUCGAGAUCGCGAGGGAUAGUGUCUUGGCCGCAGACUGCUGUGUUGCAUUGUUAGGGAGUGAUCGUUUGCCCAAGCAGCUGUACUCGGAAGAGCUCAUCACCGCAUGCCUCGCCACCGUCAAGAACCAGCUCACAAGGAUCCUCUAUCCGUUUGUUGAAGCGUCUCCCAACGACGCGCAGACAUCCGGCAUUCUUCGGCAGUUCAUUCAACUGGCUUCUUCUGACAGUGUGCAGCGUCGACUCGCCAGCGAAGUCUUCCAAGCGAUCUCGUCAGUGUUGCCUAGGAUAAACGACUUGAUUGGUGCAGAUUCAAUGGCGAUGAGCGAGAGCAUCAUAAUCCAAGCGGUAUAUAUCGCUAUCGGACCGUUCUUUGUUGUAGAGGCAGAAGGCGAGAGCAAGGGCAAGAAGUCAAGUAGUAAUAGUGGGGUCAUCGCGGUUCUGGGUGGCAGUGCCAUGAGAGGCUUGCGUUUGGACGCACUCUCCCUUAUUAGAAGCAUCUUCGCGAACCACGAGGACCAGCGGCCUUGGAUCAUCGAGGAGAUCCUGUCGUCUCUGAUCAAGCUCUCGGACACGAAGCAAAGGGCAGGGCAGUUCAGAUUGCGGGACGGACGGUCCAUCCGCACCGUGUCUGCGUUGCUCAUGCAGCUGGUCCAGACGUCUGCACACGAUGUGCACGUCGAGGCGAAGGGUAUCCGCAAGGCGCGGGAGCAGGCUCUCGCUAUGCGCAGGCAGGACAGCUACAACGAGAAGACGAAGGAACCCUGGCUCGACGAGCACGACAUGGAGGAGAUCCGCUUGUAUGCGUCUGGGCUCGACUCGGCCACCAAGGCGGCGAAGACUAUCGUUAUCUUCUUGACGCAAAGGUCGGGUAAGACGAAGACGACGAAAAAUUCGAACGAAGCAGAGUACCGUGCGAUCUUCGACAACCUCAUCUCGGAUCUGCUUGCCGUCUUGUUCUGGCCCGAGUGGCCUGCCGCCAGUCUGAUACUGGGCAUCAUCUGCAAGUUCAUGGUGUCUUCGCUCGACGAUGUGAAGUCGACUGCGCAGGACAACAAUGCUGUGAAGACUUUGGCCCUAGAACAUCUCGGUGUCAUUGCGGCGCACAUCCGAACUAGCACUUUGAAGUUCAAGCGCGAGUCUGAGGAAUUAGCGUUGUCCCCUCUAGACGAGAUCAUGAAUUCCUUCGACACCACUAGACUCCAGCAACUGGUAGCUGCCCAUCAGGACCUGCAGAGCGAUCUCUGUAGGCGAUCGUCAGAGGACCAAGCCUUCGAUAGCGCCCGGGAGCUCACUGCCGUCAUUUGGGGUCACGAACUCGCGCUCGUCUUACAAGACUGUGACAAAAUGCUGUCGGGGGACGAGGAGAUGAACCCGAAGACCGAACGCAAGAGUAUCAAGUCGGUGGCUUCCAAGCUCAAGGGCGCCAUGCGCGGCAUAUGGGACGAUGCGUCUGGUGAUGUCUUCGACAUCGGGACUACGCACGAGGAGGUGUCCAGAAUCGACAGGCUCUCAGAAGAGAUCGGAACCUGCCAGAGCUUGCGCAACUCCUUCAAUCCUAUCCUGACGGUCGUCCUGCAAGCUCUGGAUGCGCCACCGGUGUUCAUGCGUACCAAAGCGCUGAAGGCUCUUGGUCAGAUUGUUACUAGCGACCCUAGUAUUCUCUCCGCGCCUAAUGUGAAGCGAGGCAUCGAAACCCAUCUUCUCGACAGUUCUCCAGCUGUACGGGACGCCGCUGUCGAGCUCAUCGGCAAGUACAUAGUCGACUCCCCCAAGUUCGCCGCGGACUACUACCAGAAGAUCGCCGACCGCAUUGCAGACACAGGUCUAGGCGUCCGUAAGCGGGUGAUCAAGCUGCUGAAGGCAUACUACAACGUCACGGAGGACAGAGACACUCGCAUCGACGUCUGCACGCGCAUCGCUCUCCGCAUGCAUGACGAAGAUGACACCGUCAAGGACCUAGCGAUCAAGACCAUCGAGGAACUGUGGUUCGUGACGCCGGCGACUACGACACGCGCGAAUGGUGCCUCGCAGGAUAAGUCGGACCUUCUCACGAAGGUGGCGAUCAUCAUGGGCGUCGCCGCAAAGUUCAGGGGUGGACAGUCUCCCUUGGAGGACCUUCUUCAUAGGGUCAUGGCGGAUAAGGAGGAGAAUGAUCGGACGUCGCUGCACCAACGAUAUGUUGAGGUUUGCGAAACCUUGAUUGACGGACUGGUCGACGCAUCCGACCUGCCUGGAUUCACUGUGCUGAACUGUGUGCAAACAAUCUAUCUGUUCACAUCGGCCUAUCCUGCGGUACUGUCUGGCUCAAAUGCCGCAACACUACUCCCUUACCUGAAGAACGCUACCACACCCGAAGAGCAGACUACCUCAGAGCAGCUGUUGAAGAUCUUCCGCGCCUCAAUCCCGCAUAUGCCCAAGACUGCAGCCAAGUUCGGGCAGGAACUGCAGCUAGCUCUUCAGCCGAUGAUUCUCAGGCCGUCCACCGCUGCCGGCGUACAGGGAUUGCAAGAAACCGUCGCAUGCAUGUGUGCUACCGUGCAACACAUCACUCACAGCUUCGAUCGCAUUAUCGGACUCUUGCGCUCGUGCAAUGUUCGUCUGCAGCAAGCGAUCAAAAAACCUACGACUCAAGCUCUUACCGCCGCCGAGCAGCGGGCGCUUUCUAUCCUGCUAUUCAUUACCUCGCUGCUCUGUGAACAUUGCAACUUUGAUCGCCUACGAGUUGAGCAUGCCGAGCUAAAGGCGGACAUCGAUAAGAUCACCACGGAUUCCGUGACCAAGCACGUCUAUGAAUGUCUACUCAAGUUGUACGAGAAAUACGAAGACAACGGGCUCCGAGGACGAAUUUUGCAAUGUCUAGGCUUCCUGUUCCGCGCUCAGCCCGCUCUGAUGACAGUAGAGCCGUCCGCCAAGAUCAUGGAUGCGAUCUUCAACUCGUCGUCUGAAGAGGCUCGAGGACGCCUGCUCAAGAUCUUGCAAGACUUCUUGAUGUCGGAGGCGGCGAAGCACGCCGCGAGCGAGAAAGCUGUAGCGGGGCCGAAGGGCAAAUCGGCUGCCGGGAAGGUCAACAUGGAAGAGCUCAUCGGCAACACCGAGGGCUUUGCCGACUCAGGUGUGAGCUCGGCGAUCGUGCAGCGCUACUUAGACCAGAUCCUGGACGCGGCGUUAUCCCAGAAUGCGCAGAUCCAGGCCGCCGCUGUCGACAUCCUCACGUUCACUAUCAAGCAGGGCCUCGCACAUCCUUUACAGUCGUUCCCCGUUAUCGUUGCCCUCGAGACGAGCGCUCUCCCUGCGCUGAGCUCGCGUGCGAGCGCUUUGCACGCGAUCUUGCAUUCCAAACACACGUCGCUUUUGAACGCCCGGUUCGUGAACAGUGCCCGGGCCUCGUUCGACUACCAGAAGCGUGUUGUCCCGGGCGCAAUCAAGGGUUACCGCAUGACCCCGUGCCCGUCGGCGUUGCUGCAGCGGUGGUAUGGGCUGGCUCGCGAGAAGCGCGCGACGCGGCAAGACUUCCUCCGCGCUCUCGUGAAGGUAUUCGACGUCGAGCUUGGCAAAUCUUCGCAGGACGAUGUGGAGUUUACACGCUACAUGGCGGAGAACUUUGCUUCGUUCGAGUAUAAGACCCAGGAGGAGCCGCUGACGGUCAUCAAGUCCCUGACGGCUGUCCUAUCAACGGCAGGGAUGCAGCUGGUCGAGACGCUGUCGCCGUCGCACCUGCUCACACAGCUGCAUGCUCCGACCGCUCCCCAGUCAGCGAUGCAGGACGUGCCGAUGGCUGACGCUUCUGGGAUGGCCGAGCCCUCCUCUCAACCCCAGACCGCGGCUCCGGUCGUGACCUCGGUCGGCAUCCAGGAUCUUGGCUUGAUGCGGAGCUCAAUCAUGGUGGCUAUGAUCAUGCUUCUCAAAGCCCACCUCAAGGCUCUCUAUAGCAUCUCCGAGGAGAAAUGCUCAAAGUUCGUUAUCGGGAAGAAGAGCGCUGUGGGAGACAGGCCCGCCACGCGGAAACACGAGCGGCCGCUGUCGUGGGACAGGCUCCCGUUCGCCACUGCUCCCAUGGUGACUAGUGAAGACGCCGCGGCUCAGUCGACCAGGUUCCUGGAGAUCUGGAGCGAAGACGGCGUCGCGGCCGAGCCCGAGGACGACAUGGUCCUGGCGUAA